AUGGACAAGAAGGAAAAGAAAGAGAAGAAACACUCCGCCUAUCAUCGCCCACAUCGUCACCACUAUGCGCGCGACACGAUCCAGUCGGCAGUCCAGCUACAGCAUCCAUUCUCGUUCGACAACUACAACCCUCUGAAACGAGCUCAGCAACAUCACCACCAUAAAUCCCGUCGUGAUCCGUCGCCAGAGAAAGCCCAACAAAAUACAGAAGAAGAACAAGAGCAAGAACCUCCAAAACCACAAUGGUCGCCCGAAGUAGAAUAUGCCGUCGACCACCCACCACAGCGUCUCGUCACUCCCGACACUAUCGCCUACGAACGUCGACUACGCCAGAAGCGUCAAGACCACGUCUCUAACGCCUUGAGUGCUCUGUCUCGCGACGCUCACACUGCCACUCGGAAGCUGGACGACACUUACUAUGCAUUACUCCAAAAGGUCGGCGUGCUCAAAGCCACCAUCGCCUCCUUUCAAGACCUACACUCCUGCCUCGAUGAGACUACAAAAGACUUUGCCACAAGAUCAGACUCCCUCGUCAAGGACAUCACCGGCCAAAUCGACGCUUUUCAGAACAUGUCACAGCAAGACGAGUCCAUCGAUCAACUAGUCAAGCGACUCCACAAGGCCAAGGAACGAGCAGAGACUUGCGAGUCCAGGCUAGAGUCUUGUCGCUCACGUCUAGAGCAAUGGGAAAAGAAAGAGCAAGAAAAGAACAAACGAAACAAUCGCACUUGGGCUCUAGCUUUGACCUCUCUGACUGCAUUCUUACUCCUUGUUCUCGCUAUCGUGUUAUGGAAANAGGGCUCUCUGGCUUCUGUAGUCGAACAGCCAUCGGAAUUGAAAGAAGCCCUGGGUCUGGAGAGGAACAAGACCGCUCCUGGUAUUCAUCUCGUUGAUCCUAAACAAGAAAAGAUGCAAGCCAAAGAAGCUGCAAAGUGGGAUAGGUUGCUUGAUGAGCUUUGA